AUGCUCAAUGGCAGCAGCAAAGUUGCCAAACUCUUGGAUGAGAUGAUUCGCAAGUUCAGUGGUCCAUCCGACAACGCCAAGGGAUCACUUGCAAGGGCUCUGAAGUGUCCCAAGCUAGCUGCUUUGUUCCGCAAAUGUCAGAGAGAGGACAUGGACAAGCUGGUGUCUAUCACAGGCCAGUUGACAUCUACCUGCACCAACUUUGCAGCGCACCGCUGGGAUUCCAUGCUAACCGCCUGCCGGUUGAUGUGCAUGAACAUCAGCCCAAUCCUUCAGAUGUUGUGUACAGUGGCUGCUGGCGACAAAGAACAUGGCAGUGAGUGGGCUUUGGACAUGCUGAAGGUGUUGACUUUAGACAACAUCCUUCUCUUGGGCCUGGUGACAGAGUUCUUAUCAGCAGCCGAGAGCUUCGUGCAUGGUUGGGACAACAGAGGUGGAACGCGAGGUGGAGGUGAGAACUCAAUAACCAACAUGCCUCGAAAUGCGGUUCGCCGCAUUGUGCAAACUGCAGAGCGAGCUUCCUUCAUCCGCCGCCGUUUGAACCGCCUUUUCGAUUUCAAGGUCCUUGACUCUGAUCAAAACCAGCUGCCUUUAGUGAUGGACCCCAAGUUUUCGAAGGGCUUUUGCCAGAUUAUUCUUGACCAGCUGGGCAUCAGUUUUCGUAAGAAUCACGCAAAGAAGAACAAAUCCUUUGCGGUGGUCGUGCAUGGGCGGUUGGUUUAUGAGCUGAAAUGCUAUGGAAUUGAUGUGCGUGAUGUUCUGGCCCGUGGCUUGGGUGAGAUCAAGUGCGUCACCACCCUUUUCCACGCAGGAGUCCAAUCUGAGCACCAGGCAGGUCUUGGUGAGAGCCUUGAGCCAUUGGACGUGGAAGAGUGGGUUCAUCAGAAGCGUUCAGAUGCCUCCAUUCCUGACAUCAUGAAGCCUGUUGCCAAUGUCCUGGGAGUAGAGGCGGCGAAGCUUGCGGAUGAGCUGGUGCUUUGCAGACCGACAUGCCUCGAGCUCAUCAGGCGUGGGCGCCGAG